AGAGAGAGAGAGAGAGAGAGACUCACGCGCACACGCAGGGGUGGGGUAGCUUAGUGGUGGUCUGGGUUUAGCCUUUUGUCACCCAAUCAGGGCUUUUUUCUAUUGUAAUUCAUGUUCUUUGACGUCAGUUAUGGGAUUCAGAUGAAUGUCUGCCUCCGUAGAAUUCACUAACCGUCGGAAUCUAUCUUGCCAAAUAUUCUGUGAACUCCAAUUACAGCAACGAAGGCGAGAAUUGACACAAAUCCUAACAGUUCACCCCUUCACCAUCCAGAACCCAGCAAAUGCCUGACGUAUGGGAACACUUAGCUUGGCUAGUUAGCAAGCCAGCCAGCUCAGCACCGUAUUCUAAAAAUGGAAAAGCUACCAUCAUAUAUCAAACCCACUCUUUUUUGCGAGCGUGCAGAAUGGAUUUUAUGGGGAUGUGUUCGACUGCUGCUUGCAUGAUCUGAUAAAUGGAAACGGCAGUCAUAAUUUGGAUUAACCGCAGCGUUUUUGGACCCAGAGCUGUUAUCUGAACCUUCACAGGUGCAGUAGCCUGAUCAAUCCCCAGACUGGAAUAUUUUGGAUGGACAACUAUUUGAACUGAAUUUUUCACAAUGUUUCAAAUCCAAAUACCAAAGGAUCCAAACUGUCCAGCAAGGAGACAUUAGAUCUUUGGAGGAAGCGCUUGUUGGUUCUAGAUUUUUUUUGGGCAGGGGAACAAUAUCCUCAAAAAUCUCAUAACUUCAAAAAAUCUGUGACCCAAGAUUCAUCAAUGCUUCAAACAAAGGAUUUUUUUUCCUCUUGGUUUUUCUAAAAGCCAUUGAUGACUGUUAAGGAUGGAAACUGUGUGGGCACUGGAGACGCAUAGCUGGAAGGGCAAGCCUGAAAGCACGCUUGGAAUUUUGCUAACAUGGUAGAAAAAUUCAGCCAGUGCAGACACUGUGGUCAUAUAAAUUAAUCUUCACAUAAGCUGGUGAUUUUACCUUUUACCGAUCUCACCUUAUACAUCUGCAAAUUAUUUGCAUUCAGAUUUUAAUUUGAGUUUAAUUUUGCUCAUGAAAAUGUAAUUGACAUGGAUACCAAUAGAUUUCAGCGAAACAGUUUUCUGAAGUUCACCACCUUCAGUUCUUUUUUGUCAAUUCAAUCUCUGGUGCAGCUCAUACUUCGGGAGGUUUGAAUCAACUGCUGUUAUUUCAUAGAAAUGCCCACACGAAAGAAAACCGAGCUUUAGGAUGAGCACAUUAACCAGACUGUUGUGCCUUGUAUGAACGUUAGACUGAAAGCAAUUUGUUUCUUGCGUUUUUUUUUUUUUAAAGAGUCGCAUAUGCUCUGGAUUCAAAUAUGUUUAGUAGUUGCAUAUUAUUGUAAGAAAAACAACACCUCACAUUUUCAAAUGUGGUUUGAGUUCCAAGCCAGUGUGAUUAACAAUGAGAAACACUGGAAGGUUUUGAUGUCAAAGAUCGUUUCAAAUGUUUCUUCCAAAAAGCAGGUUUUCCUUUUGUUUACUGACAUGUGUUACCCCGAUCUGUUGUUUUUAUAAAGCCAACAGAUCAAACAUAACCUGCAAAGUAAUUAUAUUAAUCAAAAACAUCUUUUGAGCAUUCAAGCUCAAACUCUUCAUUCAAUGAUUACAUUUGAUCAAGACUGAAAACGAUGUUAAUGUUUCCUGGGUAACACUAUAAUUGCACUUUUUUCAAGAUGUUAAUAAGGCCCAUUUAGACGACAUCUGUGGAGUUUGUCGAAAAAAUUCAACUUUUUUUUUGGUAUUGGUUUCUUCUUGAAGGUCACCUAUUUUUCUGUCCAGUAGACGGGGAACUGUGUUACCUCUCACAUCCCUUUGGAUUCAUUUUAUGUGUUCUCUCUUUAAAUGAGCCUGUUAUUUCUGUGAACCGUAAUUUAAAGUCCAAAAUCACAAAUCCAAUUGGUACACCAGUAGGAAGGUUAAACUGAAUGACGACUCCCACAGCAUUGCAGCUGAGAACCAACACAUCACUGCACGGAUAGGAAGAGAUGCCCGGUGACCGUAAUAAGAGUGAAGGACAGGUUCCAGCCUCUUCUCCCUUGCCCCAUUCUAUGAACCUGUCCAAAAGACUCCUGCAACCGUCACGCUAUGUUCCUGUGUCAGCAGCCACUUUCUUCCUGGUUGGCUCCACCACGCUGUUCUUCUGCUUCACUUGUCCGUGGCUUUCAGAGCGGUUCUCCGUAGCUGUUCCUAUUUAUAAUGGCAUCAUCUUCCUCUUUGUUUUGGCCAACUUCUGUAUGGCUACGUUCAUGGAUCCGGGCAUCUUUCCACGAGCUGCGGAGGAUGAAGACAAGGAUGAUGACUUUCGUGCUCCUCUUUAUAAAACUGUGGAGAUCAGAGGGAUCCAGGUCAGGAUGAAGUGGUGUUCAACUUGUCGCUUCUACCGACCACCGCGUUGCUCCCACUGCUCCGUCUGUGACAACUGUGUUGAGGACUUUGACCACCACUGCCCAUGGGUCAAUAACUGCAUUGGCAGGAGAAAUUACCGAUACUUCUUCCUCUUCCUCCUUUCCCUGACUGCCCACAUCAUGGCUGUGUUCGGCUUUGGUUUGCUCUUCAUCCUUUAUCAUCACCAGUACAUUGAUCGCCUGCAUGCGAUUGUCACGUUGGCUGUAAUGUGUGUUUCAGGCCUGUUCUUCAUUCCAGUUGCAGGUCUUACUGGUUUCCACAUUGUUCUUGUGGGAAGGGGCAGAACUACUAAUGAACAGGUGACGGGAAAGUUCAGAGGAGGUGUCAACCCUUUUACCAAUGGCUGUUGGAAGAAUGUCGCUCAUGUCCUCUGCAGUUCACAAGCGCCCAGAUAUUUGGCAAGGAAGCGGUACGUGCAGAGUGUGUGUGUCCAGCCUCCGUUUCUACGGCCACAACUGACUGAGGCCCAGCGAACUGCAAAGAUCCUGGAUAAUGGUUUACGAGGAGAUCUGCAUAGGUCAAAAUCAAGUCUGGAUAUGCAAGAGAGCCAAUCGUGUGAUGCUGAACCUCCUCCUCCAAAAUGGGAACUUCGCUACCCUGGAAUCACCAGAGGGAGCUCACAGGAUUACGAUCUACUCAACAAAACACCUCCUACUCCAACAAUGUAUAAAUACAGACCUACCUUCAGUCCUGGAAAGAACCACACACCACUAACCCAUGCUUAUGCAAACCAGUUAAGUCAAGCAGAAAGGGAAGCCAGUAGUAAGGAUUCGUCCUCCUCCACCUCCUCACUUGUUCAUUCCAGGCAUCAACCUGGUUUCCGUUCACAACCUAGCCUGGACCGGGGAGACGCUUCUUCUGACAGAGCGGGGAGAGUAGCCGGAGGGGAGAGAAAAGAGAUCGGAGAAGGAGGAGGAGGCAUCCCUGGCUACUCUCUACAUCCCUACAAUUCAUUUUCUGACCCUGUAGUCCUGUCAGGAGUUGCUUCCCAAUCCUCCGGUUCCAUGCAGACCUCAACAUGUGCUCCCCAGAUCUCUGAAACAACCACUACCUCAAGCAGCUUCAAGAGCUUGGCAAAUCAGACUCCUCCACCGAGCCACCCAGCUCAUAACGGAAGCCUGUCGUAUGACAGCUUAAUGGCUGGAGAUGAUGCUUUUGACAAAGCAGGAUCAAAAAUUCCUGAGAUUUUAUCCGGGAGACCCUGCUCUCCAGCUGCAGGUGGCUACAUCUCCUCCUCCCAUCCUUCAAAACAGAGAGAUGCUGAAAUGCAUUCCGAGUUUCCCAAGCACCACCACCACCUCCUCCUCCAUCGUUCCGCCUCUUCGACAUGCUCCUCUCCUCCUGAGAGGGAGACUCUGUUGGUGGAAUCACAGCGAAGCAAUCGCCCAUUGCCCUUCUGCCAAACUUCCGCGCCACCCCCUUCUUCUUCUCAGCGUCCACCACACCAUCAGCACCACCACCACUCCCAUCAUCACCACCAUAAUCAUCAUCAUCAUCAUUCUCAUAAUCAUCGCCACCACCAUUCCUCCUCCACCCCCAACCCCUCUCGUUUUAUUGCUCCAUACCUGCCCCACCGUCCCUACCCACAACGCGCAUGCUCCACGGAUACCCCUUUGGGCUUGACAUCAUCUUCCACACACCACCCUUCCCACUCGCCACAUCAUCCGCCUCUUGGUAAAUCAUUGUCCUACUCAAGCGCCGCCGCUGCUGAAAUGCAGUACCAGCUCAUUCGAAAGGCCUCCUCAGCAGCUGGAGAAAAUGCAGCAGGGGGAAUACAAGCACCAAAAUUUCCUGUAAGUUCCUUUUAUUUCAUUCCGUUUGCUUGUUUUCUGGUGUGAGGUUUGCCUAAGUAUUGUCUGCUUCCUCCAAAAUGUGCCAUUUUUAUGCAUGUUUGUCACAUGUACACACUGCUCAUGUAGUGCAGUUGUGAACUAAACUGCCCACAUUUUUGUUGUCUUGAAAAAAUGUUGCAUAUACGUACGUAUGUAAUAUUUCCAAUUUUGCAAGUACUUACAAUUUAGAUUCCAAAUGGCAUGAAUAGGAUACCGGUAAUAAAGAUUUUGACAUCAUUUGUAUUUA